UCAGCUAUAUCUCUCUCUCUAUAUCCCAAUCCAGCAACCUAAUCCAGUUUCUCUCUGCAUCACCUUCCACAAUUUCUCUCCCUCCAUCGAUCUUCCUAUGGGUUAACCCCGAUUGAUUUUGCUUUUGUAUUCAGAUUCAUAUAACUCACCUUCGUUCAAUCCUGGAUCAGAUUCAAGAUCAAAGGGUGUUUGUUGUUGUUGUUGGGUUUUGUUGGGUGUUGAAGCGUUAGGGGGUGUAUCGAAGAGCAUAGAAAAUGCCUUCGGUGCCCAUUGAACUCCACCUUGUUCCAUUCCACACCGAUUUCCAUAAAGGAACCUCUUCUCAUCGUCUUAAACCUCUUGAAGAAAACGAUUGGCAUAGUAAUCUUAGUUAACAUCAGGACCUUAGUUUUCCCCUUUUUUCUCUCGCUUGAUUUUUCGCAUCUUCUUGUUGCUGAGUACGGUUGAUCUACGAUCCUGUUAUUUCUUCUGUGGUUGAUCUUCUUUGUUCCUGUUUUGAAAGAUUUACAGCUCAAAACUUCGUCUUCUAAGUUGCCUUGCAUUACCUGAUACUAUCUAUGGACAUGUGCUCUCGUGUUCCUGAUGUGCACAACAACUUGUUAAGUAAUCUUGAGAGUACUUCUCAUGAGUCAUUGCAUGUUGAUGAUGCCCUGAAAUCUGAACUUGCAACUGAGGGGAAUGGCGUCUGCGAUGUUGGUGAGGAAAACUUAAGCGGAGGUGUCAAACAGCAAGAAACAAAACUCAAUAUGAUAUGCUUGACAAAAUCUGCAACCUUUCCAAUUCCUCAUAUGAUGUCUUCAAGCUCUUCUGAUGAGGAGGCUAACUCAUCAGUUGCAAAGUCCAACUCUGAGCAAUCUGCUAGUCAGACUUACUCACGCUCGGUAUCUCUUCCUGCUCCUGAGCUCAUACCUGCCUUGAAAGGCAGUCGUGAGAAAUACAGGGGAUCUCCAAUGAAAUUGACAGUGAAAUGGGCCCCUGAUGUGUAUGAUCCUGUACCUACAUUAAUGUCACACACUGUCAAAAACAAGAAACAGCAGAAAUCAAGGAAGAAGAAGAAGUAUGAAAAGAAGAAUGGAAAGAAAGGUCAGAAGGGAAAUUCAUCAUCUCAUGGGGGCAGUGGCAAAGACAAGAAGCAAGCUCGCAAGCAGGGUGGACAUUCUGACCUCUCUUUUGAGUCCCUGGAUUCUCAUGAUAAUGUGACUGGAACUUCUGAGUUAGAUGCUCUUGAUGUUCGAAGCCAUGAUUCGUUCUGUGGAACUAGUUUCUUGAAAAACUCUGUUACCAAAGUGCACUCAUUGGUUGCAGAAGCGCAAUGAGUGAAUGGCUUGAAUGAUAUCCUAUUUCUAGCAAUGUACAUAAAUAAUAUGAUGAUGUUGGCUUGUGUGAUGAAAAGGGUUGAAAGAUUGUGUGGUGACUGUUUGGUAGUACUCUUCAUAGGGCACAAGCAGUUGAUAAUUUGCUGUUCUGUUUGUACAAAACCAGGUUGGUGUUUGGAAUCACAUUUUUGUCUGUAAUGUUGGACUAUGCCAGUUUUUGGGCGAUGCUUGUGACUUUACAGGCAUCAGUUCUGAUAAGGAAUGAUAUCUCAAGCGGCUCUGUUUUGUUGUC